UAGUUGAAAAGCCACUUUUACGAGUAUCCGGAAGGCAACACGUAACCAUUAAGGAUUCGGGGUAAUGUAGUAUUUCUCUGUUGUUGUGUAGUUUUCAUUACAAGCUAGCUGUCGAUGAAAGGAGCUCUGAACCAGCAGCUUACUAGAUGUCUAACUAUCAGUCAAAAUGAUGAACGGAAAGACUGUCAUAGUGACCGGUGCUAACAGCGGGAUAGGCAAAGCCACAGCAGCCGGCAUCCUGAAGCUCCAGGGCCGGGUGAUCAUGGCCUGCCGGGACCGGAGCAGGGCUGAGGAGGCGGCCCGGGAGAUCCGUCAGGAGACCGGGGCAGAGAGUGCACAGCUAGUCGUCAAACAGCUGGACCUCGCCUCGCUAGCCUCUGUUCACACUUUCUGUCAAGACAUAAUAAAGGAGGAGCCUCGGCUGGAUGUCCUGAUCAACAACGCCGGCGUCUACCAGUGUCCUUACACCAAAACAGACGACGGCUUCGAGAUGCAGUUCGGGGUCAACCACCUGGGCCACUUCCUGCUCACACACCUGCUGCUGGACCUCCUGAAGCGCUCCGCUCCCAGCCGGGUCGUGGUGGUCUCCUCCAAACUCUACAAGCAGGGACACAUUAACUUUGAAGACCUGAGCAGUGAGCAGAGCUACGACAAAGCGUCCGCCUACAGUCGCAGCAAACUGGCCAACCUGCUCUUCACCUGCGAGCUGGCUCGUCGACUGGAGGGCAGCGGCGUCGCGGUGAACGCCCUGACGCCGGGCAUAGUGAGGACUAAUCUGGGGAGGCAUGUUCAGGUCCCGGUUUUAGCUAAGCCCCUGUUUAACCUGCUCUCCUGGGGCCUGUUCAAGAGCCCAGAGGAAGGAGCCCAGACCUCAGUGUAUCUGGCCUGCAGCCCAGAUGUGGACGGUGUGCAGGGCAAGUGCUACGCAGACUGUAAGCCUCAGAUUCUGCUGGACAAAGCCACAGAUGAGGAAGUGGCGAGCAAACUGUGGGACAUCAGUGAGGUGAUGGUGGGAAUAACCACAUGACAAAAUCAUUCAAGCUCCCAAAGCGGUUGAAAUGAAGCGACUUCAACCCGAAAAGAAAUACAAAAAGGUUGAGUGCCUUAUUCUGCACAGUAUUGAUUGUUGAUUAUAAUUGCACUUUUAUUAGAUUUGAUUACCCAUGAUCCUUUGUCCAUUGCUUUAUUACAGAGGGGAUUUGUGUUCAGACCAAAAGCAAACUCAGGCAUGUUUAAUCAUAAUCAUGAUCAGGGCUGGGCGAUAUGUUGACUUCUUAAGAUACAUAUCGAUAUAUUUUCAAACAAGAUAUAGGGUAACACAUUAUCGUUACCAUCGAUAUAGUUCAUGUUGCAUUAAAAUAUCAUUAAACG